AUGCCGGAGGCCUCCAUGGCGACGAUCUUAAACAAGAUGGUGCAGCUCAACCUUGCGACCACCACGACGACGGAUGCGAUCCGCGCUCGCUGGACGGCCACUAAGUUUACGUGCCACACGUUCCGCCGCUCGGGAGCACAGCACCGGCUGAUGAACCCAAGCGAAAACGAGCACAAGUGGACGCUGUCAGAUAUCAAGCAUUGGGCUGGCUGGGCCGAAGGCGAGAGCAACAAGGCCAAGGCCCUGUUUGUGAAGACGCUCAACUGGGCAGAGCUCGGUGUACAGUGGCUCAUCGCCGACUCGAGACGCCGUAUUGCCAAGCCAGCAAAGGAAUGGUCGAGAGCCGAAAUCAAGAGCCUAGGAUCGAACAAAGCGCGUGUCUCCACGGCGAAGAAACUCGGGCAAGAGCUCGAGAUGGCCAAGACGGAAAGCAACACGUGGGCCGAUGAGCGUGCCGCGGUUGAAGCCAAGUACGGCGUGAAGCCGGGCGUCAAAGGCAAUGUGACGACCGUAACCAUGGUGAAUGCCAUCCGUGCAUACAAGAACCAAACAACCCACGCUCGCGAAGAUGAGGGCGCUGUCCAGGCCUAG